CAUACACGUUAUGGUAAGUCUUAAAAAACGAAAUGCCAAAGAAAAAUCAGAUACCUACACUGGUGAAUCUGGCAUUAUAUUCCAUUGGAGAAUUUGUGAUUACUUUUGGUAGAUAUUUAACAAAACAUGUUUGUAUAAUUUCCAAGAUUAAUCCAAAGUACGGGCAUACUAAGUUACAAUCAACAUUAAAUUUUAUGAAACAUUUACUGAGUUCCAAUGUACCUCAACAUUUAUAUGAUGAAAUGUCUAGAGCAGUAUUAACUGCAAUUGUUAAUUUAGUUCAGGAAACCAGGAGUACAUAUAAUGAUUAUGCUUUAACUACAACAUUUUUAUCAGAAAUGACAAUUGCUCUUCGUUUAACAGAAGUGGCUAUAGAUACCCACUUGAAAACAAUUGAAUUUUCUGCUUGGCCAAAAAUAAUACGACAUGUUCUCUAUAAUAAACUACAUAAUAUGACUGGACUUGAAGUUUUGGACUUAGGCUCAGGUUCAGCUGGGUGGAAAACAUCAGAUAUUGAGAAAAUUAUUGUCAAUGGAGUAUCUGCUAUGCCAAAUUUAAUGUGCUUUAUUUUAUGCUUUGAUUGUACAGAUAAUAUUAUAACAGCUUUAGCCCAAAAUUGUAAAAAGUUACAAACAUUAGAUGCCACUGCAUCUAGAUCUGUGACCGAACGUAGCGUUGAUUCUUUACUUUCAUGUAAAAAUUUAAAACAAAUUAAAUUACGUAGAACUUCUAUGACCAUACCCGGUUAUGCGAGUCUAUUUUUAGAACAUUUAAAUAUAGAAGAUAUCGGCAGAUGCGAUGAAUUUGGAUAUGUUUUAGAACUUAUUCAUCAGAAUAAAAUUAACACUAAAAGUACUUUUCGUAUAAGAAUAUUUGAAAGUCGAAACUUUGAUAUGGAACAUUUGUAUCUUUUAGUUGAUAUGUGUCCAUAUAUUACGAGUCUUUGCAUACUGCGUGAUGAAAGAAUUGUUGAUUUGACAAUUCUAGCAACUCUUGAUCAUUUGAAAGAAUUAAAACUUCUGUCUUGUGACUUUUAUGCCCAUGGAAUAAAAACAUUGCUAGAAAUAAAAGGUCGCACGAUUAUGAAUCUACACCUGGAACAUAUAGAUGAAAUUGACUUAAAUGCACUUAUGGAUAUAAGUCAGUAUUGUCCGAAUAUAAAGAAUCUAGUUUUUUAUAACUGUGAAUUCUUAGAACAUGCACCAAUUCAUUCAAGAAAGCUUGCAGUUCCUCCGUUUGAAUUUUUAGAAAGAAUCAAAUGUGUAGUAGACUGUGCAAACAUGCAUCUAGAGUUUUUACUUUCUCAUUGUGUGAAUAUUAAAUUUAUUCAAUUGGGAUCAUCAACUGGUAUUGGAGAUGAAACAAUGAGAAAAAUAUUGUUGAAAAACUCAAUGAAAAAAUUAGAAGAGCUGAAAAUAUUGUAUAGUCAUGAUUUAUCAAUGAAAACUGUGCAGUUGUUAAUGCAAAACUGUGAUAAUUUACGACGGUUAGCAGAAUUAGAAAGUUGGGGAGGAAUAUCACCUACAGAAUUAAAUAUUUUUAGAGAUGAAUUAAAAUGUACUAAUACAAAUUUGGAUACAAGUCCAAGCUUGUCUUUUGCCUGAGUAAUGUAUUCAAAAUUGAUUGAAUAAUAAUGCAAAAUUCAAGAAAUACAUUUAAA